GGCUGAGGGCGGCGGCGGCUCUGCCCGGGGUGGGGGGGGAGCUCCGGUGCCGCCGGGUCCCUCCGGCGAUGGCGGGGCGGGCCUAGAGGGGCCGGUGGUGUUCUGCUCCCCCUCAGCCGGCCCUCCCCUCGGGCGAGGGGGUCCCGGAGCGGUGCUGCCGCUCGCCUUCCCCUGUGCCAGGGUGGGCCGCCGUAGGCCCGGGCGGCCCCUCUCGGUGACAUGUCCGUGACUGAAAGUCCCGGCCUGGCUUUGCAGUACUUUGCUCUGGUGACUUCCCUCUCCUCGCAGUGCCCCGGGCCGCGGCUGCAGGGGAGGGGCUGCUCGCGAGUGGAGGGUACGACAUGGUUUGGAGUCCUUCCGGGCAAAGGUGCUCACAAUCAUGAGUAAUUUCAGAUCUAUGGCAACCUCUCCCCUGCGUUAAAGGGAUUGUUCAUUAAGUCAUGUAUUCUGUAACUCCCAAGUGUCUGCUGCCAUCCUUCAGGUAAUUCACCCCAGUGCUGUAUCAGGAAAUGGACUGGGACCAGUUUGACUUGAACCCUAAAGUAAUUGCUGCCCUUAAGAAAGCUGACAUAAAAUCAAUAAAAGAUAUUUUAAAUCUUUCGGGAGCAGACUUGCAAAGACUGACGAAACUAUCCAGUGCAGAUAUCCAGUGCUUACUGAAAACAGUCUCUCACACACUGAGGAGAAAUAGUAUGCUUACAGCGCUUCAGCUCUACCGAGAUAAAGACCACCUCACGUCCCAACACCAGAAGCUAAGCCUAGGAUGUUCAGUACUAGAUACCUUGUUAAAAGGUGGCAUUCCUUUAGUGGGAAUCACAGAACUUGCUGGGGAAAGUUCUGCUGGGAAGACUCAGAUUAGUUUACAACUCUGCCUUUGUGUGCAGUAUCCUUACAAAUAUGGUGGAUUAGAGUCUGGAGCUGUCUACAUUUGUACAGAAGAUGUAUUCCCAAGUAAACGUUUGCAACAACUCAUAGAUCAGCAGCAUAAGCUGCGUGCAGAUGUUCCAGCUGAAAUCAUACAGAAGAUCAAAUUUGGAAACAGUAUUUUUGUUGAGCAUGCAGCAGACCUAGAUACCUUUCACAACUGCAUUACUAAAAGGAUUUCCCUGCUGCUCACGAGAGGCAUGGCGCGGUUGGUGGUCGUAGACUCCAUUGCUGCUUUGUUUCGAUGCGAAUUUGGAGUUUCAGAUUCUGUUACGAAGGCUCGGUAUUUGCAGACGUUUGGAGCACAGCUUCACAGUUUAAGCACUAGAUUCAGUACUCCAAUAAUGUGCAUUAAUCAGGUGACCGACACAGUGAGUGAGUCAGAAGCUGCUCAGGGCGGUUGCAGCGUAGCGGAUAACAGAGUCUCUCCAGCACUUGGAAUAACCUGGACAAACCAACUGUUAAUGAGACUGAUGGUCAGCCGAGUAUCACGACCUGAACAAUCAUCUGGAGCUGCAUCACACCCCACUGGAAGCGUGAGGACUUUAAGAGUAGUUUUUGCUCCUCAUCUCCCUCCAUCCUCUUGCUACUAUACAGUAAAAUUGGAAGGUGUAAAAGGAAUAAAAUAAAUCCUUUGCACAGUAAGGCAUCCUGCUCCAGAAGUGUAUGAAAACUACUUUGCUUCAGGAAGAAUUACUAGUAAAAAUUAAAUUCUUCCUAGAUGAGAGAAACGGAUGCUGAAAUACGUAAGUGGUGAUAUGACUAUGUUAAGCCAUUGUGAAAUGUCUACAUUGUGCAAGAAGAUCUCUUUAUACUUGGACAGAUGUUCAUCAGCUUUUCCUCACAAGAUAAGUAUUCUGAAGGAGAGGGAAGCUGUGGACAGGUGGAGGGUGCACAGUGAAGUUGAUGUGACAAUCCCUAUGUAAGGAGACCCGAUUUCUAAUUUUGUUUUAAUAGCGUGCUAAUCCAGAACCAGCAAUUACUGCAGUUGUGUGUCUUCUCUGUUUCCAGACCCAAAGGGACUCAAACUCAACCAGUUACUAUUGCCUGCUGGCGUUCCUGGGCCUCAUGCUGCCAUUCUCCCAGCUGUAGGGCCUCAGAAACAACACAAAGCAGCUUUGUCACAAAGCAGCCGCCUUAUGUUAAAGCCACUUGUUAUUAAUAUUAGUAUUUUUUUAAAAUACCAGACAGAUACUCAAUUUUAGCAUCUUACUGUAAGAAUUAAAAUUGUACUGCUUUUGUACUGUAUCUAGCUUCAUAGAACUCCUACAAUUUCUUUGGAAAUUGUUCUUUUCCACUCUUUUUCCUGCUUUCCAGUUCCCUCGUAGCAAAAGCCUCUGUACCUUCUUCCAUUUAAAAAAUACCAAAGCAGGCUGUGAUCCCCUUGUUCGGUUUGCCCGUGGCUGAAGCUGUGCAGCCAGGUGGUUUCAGAGCAAGGCCUCUGUCCGUGUGCUUCCCAACCCCGGUGCAGCUCUGCGUUCUGUUGGCUCCAGCUCCUGUCCCUGCCGCUGGGCUCCUCGCUCAGUUGUGCUUCUGAAGGGCACCUUUAGCAGUUUGCCUCCAUCCAGGUUGCUGACCAUCUGGUUACUUUUCUCAGGUUGGUUGGUGGUUUGGUUUUUUUUUUUACCUGUUUUUCUUUCCAUCUUUGCACUCUUUAUCACAUCUUCUUCUGUUGGCCUCAAGACUGCUGUAACUGCUGCUUUUUCUAGUCGUUGCCAAAUUCCUUGUGAAAGAACACUGGCUGAAGUUACUUGUGCAUGUUUUCCAAAGACCUCGGACCUGAUUUGGCCUGGGGCAGGGGGGUAUGUGUGCACUGUGCGAUGCUCACUUGCAUCACAUCCUUGUUAAGCUUUCAGAUUUCCCCCUUUACUACCUGUUCCCCCAGCCAGGGAAGCUGCCAUGGCUGAGGUUGUUCUUUGCAGCUACAGUGUUCAGUUCUGUCCUUUGGCAAAAGCAGAACCUUUUGUUCUCCAGAGGCUAAACAAUAAAAUCUCUUCCCUAAUUGCAAGUUCUGAGGAGUGACUAUUCCACGACUUGGCAAAAGACAAGCCCGGGCAGAUUCCUUUGUGUUCUUCAGUCUGUGCUGUUAGUGACACAGUCCUCUGCGAGGCCAGAGCAGCCAUCUCUCCUCGGGGAAGGAAGCACGCUGCUGGGUGGCAGGAGGGAAAAGGUUGGUCCGACUGUACAAGGGGGCAGCUGGAACUCUCUGGCAGAAGGUUUCUCAAAGGACAACUGAGUGUGACACAAGGAAGAGCCGGGGGAAGGCAGGCGGGGGGGGGGGACGACUGCUUCAGGGGGAAUUCUGGCAGCAAAGGGGCUGAAAGCAGGCAGGGAUGGACGAGGUGCUGCCGGUGCCUUCUGAGCGCCCCACAGUCCUCAAAGGGGACCUUGUGCAAAUAGCAUCACUGUCUUUAAAUCUCUCUUCUAAAACAUCUUGAUUCUCUGUAUUUGAAAAUGACCGUGCUUUUUUUUUUUUUUUUUGGUAAUAAAAUCCAACCAUGAAGCUUAGACGUCUUUCUGUAUUCAAUCUAAGGGAAAAGUGUGUCCUAGCUCAGAGGCAGGGCUACCUCACUCUUCACAUCUUUCCGUUCCCUGCCUCUUUCCUAACAAUUUUAAUGAAGAUAAACUAAUGCAGCAUAGGUAGCACUGCAUUUAUCCUCCUCCAUUCCUGGGACAGAGACUUUAGCCAGUAUCUUGGCCAUCCUACUGUACUGAUUUAAAAAAAGCCAGAGAUGGAUGUAACUGAUUAACAGGAGUCACCCACCCUUCAGGUACAGAAGAACGAGCCCCAUCAGAGCCCAGGCUCCAAGCCCAGGAGCUUCCCUCACGGUGAACCAGUUUCAGAGGAGUUUGAUGCAUCCUUUAAGGCUCCGUUUGGUGAUGUUUGAUAGCUCCUUUCACAUGACCGCGUGCAGGAACCAGACCUCAGUGUUGAAGUCAGAGAUGGGUCUGGAACCAAAGUCCCAGUUUACUUGACAAGAAGCAGUUUUACCAACAAACCUAAGUAACAUCUUACCUGAGCAAGUCCUCCUGUCCGUGCCCAGGUUGGUCCUUAUUUAAGUCCCCAGCCAGAAGCUUACAGCUGCCAAGAGUACCCUGCAGGAGGGGAGGGGAGGGCUUGCUGCAGGAGGCUUCCUCACUCAUCACACAUGAACCCUGAACCUCUAAAAUGCAGCUGACCCCCACGCUUAGAGCCAGCAGUCAACUACUCCCAGCAGUUGAAUGUUCAGGGGCAGCCUGUGCCCCCUUCUGCAGUUAUUUAUACCCCCAGUCAGAAAUCCGGGAUGUUGCUCAUCUGACAUGAGUAGAGCUUUGGGGGUGCAAACUCUCAAGACUGAACAAAGCCUCUGCCCUCUCUGAAGCCUAGCGGUAAGAGUGUUAAAACAUGUUUAAGUUUCAAUAAAUGCAAUUUAAGAACCUUUA